CUUCCCAAAAUACCCCAACUCGGCUUAUGCCUUUCCCUAUUUCUUGCGCCGGUUUCUCUUCGCUUCGGAGUUAGGGUUCAUUCAUCGCUCCUCUCAAUUCGAGUCGAUAUUGGCUUCAAGAUUUCUCAUUGAGCCCUUCUUCCGUAGAUUUUUCUGUUUAAUCGAACGAAUCGUUGGCUUUUUCCGAAUUCCCCUCUCAAUUUUCAUCAAAAGUAGUGUUUUUCCGCCAAAUUUAGGCAGGUUUUUCAUUUCGAUCGAGGUUUCGUUGAAGAAUUUAAUCUCGGAUCGGUGUUUGUUGCGGUUUAUUGGCCUAAAUUUUAGGGUAGACAAGGGUUUUGCAGAAGGAGAUAUGAGGGUUCAUCCGGUCCCCAAGAAGCGGAACAUCACCUUCCGCUGCGGCGUCAACCCCGCGGCUGCAGCCACCGCCGUGCACGGCCGACAGAAGAAGCUCCGCCGUCUCCCCCACAUCUUCAGCAAGGUCCUGGAGUUACCCUUUGCCGCCGACGCCGAUGUGGCCGUCGAGGAGGACGCGGACGGCUUCCGGUUCGUCGCAGCCACCGACGUCCUCUGGGGCGAUGUCCAAGCCCAGACGGUCCAGAUACACCCCGGGAUGACGAAGGUGUUCGUCAGGGACGGUAGCGACGGCGACGACCUCGACACGGAGCUCGAGCUAAACCGGUGGCGGUUCCGGCUGCCGCCGUCCACCCGCCCGGCGCUCGCCACUGCUGCUUACACUAGCGGCGAGCUCGUGGUGACCAUUCCAAAGGGGGCAGGGCCCGAGGAGGAAGAUGGAGAGGUACAAGAAUUCUUUGGUGGUGGAGGGAGUAACGGGGACUUGGGGGGCCGAGACAUUAGCCAUCUCGUAAUUGUACAGUAAAUGUUUGAUGAUUUGCCUUCUCUGUUAUCGUUCGUUGAUAGUACUCUCAUAUUACGGAUCUGCUAUGUAAUUUAUGCAACGCUUCUAUUCAUUUCA